AUGUCUGCCUCUUACAAGUAUAGGCGCAUCGACCUCGCGGCAGACGCCAUACGACUAGUGCGAUUGCUUAAAGGCGACGAAUUUGAGCCGAUCAAUUGUGAGAUAUUCGAGACUUACCUUCACCAAGUCGACGGCGUCCCUUACGAAGCAUUGUCCUAUGUUUGGGGAACCAAACGAUCAGCGAACACCAUCUGGCUAGAAGGGUGUCAAUUUCAAGUGACCAAAAACCUGUACGAAGCUCUCAGAAAUUUGCGACGAUCGGAUCGGGACAGAAUCAUUUGGGUUGAUGCGAUUUGUAUUGACCAGUGCCAUGAUGCUGAACGUGGCCACCAGGUUGGUCAAAUGCGUCUUGUGUACCAAACUGCGUACAACGUGAUAAUCUGGCUAGGGCCGAGCAACAGCGACAUCGACAACCUUUUCGACUGGAUGAAUGAGCUCGACAAACAGGAAGCAGCACUCGCUAAAUUUGCCAUCAUCAAUUGCGGUCGAAAAGAAGUUGACUCCCGCACCUUUGUCAUGAUGCCUUCGCUUCUCAAGGUCCGUUGUGGGGAAGGCGUACAAGCCCGGCUGGACAUUAUGCCUGGGCUGCUGCGCGCAAAGUCCUGGUGGCUUGGAGGUCCUUCCCAAGACCUCCUUACUCUUUUGAAGAAGUUUGGGAGAAGCAAAGUCUCAGACGACCGAGAUGUUAUUUACGCGCUGCUUGGGCUGUCCGUCGAUGCCUACACAUCCGAAAUUCUGCGACCUAACUACGAGAUCGGAUUACAAAAGGUGGUUCAGAACUGCGUAGCGUAUCUGUUGGUGCGUUCGAAAGACUUGCCCGGCAAAAGCCCUGUUGAGGGGUUACCAAAAUGGGACAUCAAGGAGUUUCUAACCGCUUUACGAGACUUGCCUGCUUAUGUCUUUCAAUGGGCCACUGAUCAUGCUCAGGACGGACUCUUGGCUGAUCUCAUUGUCUCUCAGAAUGAAAAGCAAGAUUUUAGCCGAAUUCGCCAGUACAUGACCUUGGCAGGCCGCCAUGGCCCGCCCAUUACGAUUGCAAUGAAGAAGGAGAACGUCGUCCUACUUGAGAUGCUUCUACAUAUUCCGGAUGUGGAUGUUUAUAGUAAGGACUCGGAUGGUAACACGCCACUGUCGAUCGCCGAAUGCCAAAGAAACACCGCUGUUAUGGAAUACAUAUCUCGGCUCCCGGACAUCGAUACCAUUUCGAUGGACUCCAAUCUAUUGCAAGCGACCAAACGAGGGAAUAUAUCUCGUGUGGAAUCAUAUCUUGACUGUUCGAGGGUCGAUUUAUCCUUGGUCGACGAGAAUGGCGACGGGCCUCUGAACAUAGCGGUUCGCAGAGGCGAUAGCAAGAUUGUUGACCUCUUGCUUAUGAAGUCCAACAGCGAGCACAGAGAGUUCAGAGGCUCCGACGGAUUGACACCCUUUGAAUCAGCACUUCACAAUGGUUUUCCGGCGAUCGUCAAAAAGCUCAUGAUCUAUCAUCCACUCGCAGUGCACGAGGCUGUGUGGGCCAACCAGGCUGACUUGCUCUGCAAAAUUCUGGACGUGGAGCCUCGCCUAGCAGACGGCCCAGCAUAUGAGAACCUGACGCCGCUUGGGACUGCCGCCGACGCCGGGAACACGAGCAUUGUGGCACUGCUCCUAGACAAGGGUGCGUCGAUAGAUUUGACUGGGCGAGACGAUCGAAUGGCCACACCCCUGUGGCUAGCAGCAUCACGCGGCCACUUGGACACUGUCAGAGUCCUGGUUGAGCGAGGGGCGAAUCUUGAAUCGAUGGCUUGGGUUUGGGGUGCAAGAACAAGCCCACUCUCGGCCGCGGCAUCCAAGGGCCACGGCCCUGUGGUCACUCAUCUCUUGAAGGCCGGAGCCAGACCCGAGCCAGCAGCAGGUGACAUGGCCAGAGGCAGUCCUUGUGGCAUGACACCAUUCAUGAGAGCUGCGCACGAGGAUCACCCCGAAGUCAUGAGGGUGCUCAUCCAGGCAGGCACAGACAUUCGAGCAAAGCCGGUAUCAUAG